GCGAUCGAUGCUACCACUACAGCCGCUGUCUUUGUGCGGAAAUUGUCACCAACGGUCGACAGGUCCAACCUUCAUAUAUCAUGAUGAAUCUUUGCUGUUGCAUGCUUUUCCGCCUCCUCCUUCAUUCAUUCUCUAAUUUCUCUUCAAAUCAUGGCUAGUUUAUCAGCAGUAUACGGUGCUGUUCUUCUGGGUGGAUUUCUUGCUUCUGUAUUAUCUGGGGUCAUAACGGCACAGACAGUUACUUAUAUCAAGCAAUACCCCAAUGACACACGCAUUACAAAAUUGAUUAGCACUGUCAGGAUAAUAGACUCCACUCACACCGGUCUCGUUGGUUCGGCUGAUGACAGCAAAAUAGACUACAUACCUGUUCCAUUAGCAAUAUCCGUUGCGCUGACGGUGAGUUUCAUAUUUCUAACUCAUAACGAUUGGCGGAUCAGUGGUCCUAUUGUAAGCCUCACCCUUCGAUUUAGCACCGUUGAGAUGAUCGAACUGCAGACAAUGACUGCAUUCAGAGACAAGGUUGAAUGGGUGUUUACCAUGGGUCUCUCAUUAUCAUGUGUGGUAGACAUCCUCGUCACCGCAGGUCUGUGCUUUACGCUGCGCAGAAAUCGUUCGUUUUCGAACAUGGACCGCGUAAUCAACACCAUGGUCUUGUAUACAUUGGAGAACAAUGCGCUCACGAGUGCCGCCACCAUUAUCUCGAUGAUAUGCUGGGUGACCAUGGACAACCUCAUCUUCCUUGGGAUUCAUUUUGUACUCAGCAAACUUUACGCUAACUCUUUGCUAGCAACCUUGAAUUCUCGCAAACAACUUCAGGAAGAACGCUCACGUGGACUCGGAGCUCUCUCGAACGAGCUUCCGGUUGCUUUUCCCAGCAGGUACCAAUCCAAGUAUUCGAAACGUUUGGAUCCUGGAAAUAAGUUGGAAAUCAAUGUAGAACGGACUAUCGAGUAUGAAGCAGUCGACGACUUUGCGAAAGGAAGUCCGCAUAUCCCUUUGGAAACUCCACCCUUAACAGUUGAUCCGAAUCAUAUCCCGUCCAACAUAGUUUAGUGAUUAUCUCACCACCGCUUCCUCCUCGUGAAUGCUGCGCGAGAUCUCCUUAACUUAUUUUCUCCUUACCUCUUGGUCGAAGUCCGAUUUUCCGUCCACACGACAAGCAAAUCACUUCAUUGUACACGUCUCCUCUGUGCGUCUUAAUAGACAUUUGUCUUCUAUGCGUAUACGAUUGGUCCAGUUGGACCACGACUGGGGGACUACAUUUUGGUACUGCGCAGAGAUCAGGGGUAUGGUGUUGUGUGGUGAGGUGUAACAAUUAACGUACUAAAGGUCCCUUGGCCCUUGACCCUUGGGGAUACUUUGAGUCCUUUGAUCGGCGGUUCGAAGCCGGGAUUACAUAAAGUAAUUUUCGAGGAGUCGCUCUGCAAAUUGGCAAUAUGAUAUGCGGUAACCCCCAAGCGAAUGCGAGUCCU